AUGUACAUUACAGCAAGUAUCCGUGACAAUCACAAUGAACUCUGUCGCAUCCAACUAGAUGCAUUCUGGGACAAACACAAUGCAACAAUCCAGCGACUUGAAUGCGCCAAUGAACAUAUGAUCUGGAUCAAGUUUGCUGACACACUUGACCAGACAUACUUGCAUAUACGUGAUUCACUUCCACCAUCCAAACUGGUUCCGAUUCGUGACGAUGCAACUGAUCUCGACUCGGAUAUAUCUUGGAAUCGACUAGUUGAUGCAAUACAGCAGCUGGUUCACACCAGACACCCGAAAAACAACAGGAUAUUGGUCACAUUCUGUCGAGUCGCAUUAUAUACAUCGGAUGAUACUACACCUGAUGAACCACCCAAUCCAUUUGAUCGUGUCCUGCUACACAGUUCAGGCAAUAUUCUGACGGCCACUAUGCAACCUGAUGGCAGUCUGCAUACACUGUACCGAUUGUACUGA